UCCUCUUAAACCUUCGCCCUCCGCGCCCGCUGCUUCUUUCCUUCCCCGCUUCCCAAACUCUCGAGCUAAGCCGCCGCCGCCUUCGGCCCUCUGCCCGCGGCGAAACACCGCUUCGCCCUGCCCCGAAACCCUAACCCUAGCACGCGCUCUCCUCACUAGCGACCAUGGCGCCGCGCCCCCGCAAGCGGGCCUCGCGCUCCAAGCCCCGCGCGGGCUCCCGCCGCGGCGGGGGCGGGGACGAGGACCCCUUCUUCGAGUCCGAGCCCAAGCGCCGCCGCAGUGGCCGCGACGAGGACAUCGAGAGCGAGGACAGCGAUGAUGACGGCGUGGCGGUGCUUGGCGGCGGCGUCGAUGAGGAUGGGGAGGAGGGAGGUAAGGAGGAGGAGACAGUGGGGGAGAAGAAGAUACGGAUGGCGAAGGAGUGGCUGAAGAGGGUGACGGAGGCCGCGAAUAAGGGGGCGGAGGACGAGGACGAGGACGAGAACGAGAACGAGUACGACGGGGACAGGCGGGUGGCGGAGAUCCUGCAGAGGAAGCAGCUCGAGGAGAGUGGUAGGAAGCGGAGGGAUCUCGCCGCAAGGGUAUUACCACUAGGCCCCAAGGAUGGCUUUAAGGUUCUUGUGAAGCACCGGCAACCUGUUACUGCCGUUGCUUUAUCCACAGAUAGUGAUAAGGGGUUUUCAGCAUCAAAAGAUGGAGUCAUUGUGCGUUGGGAUGUUGAAACUGGGAAAAGUGAGAAGUAUUUGUGGCCAAGUGAAAAUGUAUUGGUUUCUCAUCACGCUAAACCACCUCUAUCAGCUAAAAGAAGCAAGCAAGUGCUAGCUUUAGCUGUCAGUUCAGAUGGUCGCUAUUUGGCAAGUGGUGGCUUGGACCGUCAUAUACAUUUAUGGGAUGUUCGGUCACGGGAGCACAUACAGGCAUUUAGCGGCCAUCGAGGACUGAUAUCAUGUCUUGCUUUUGGGCUGGACUCUUCCGAGUUAUUCUCUGGUUCUUUUGAUCGUUCAAUAAUGCAGUGGAAUGCAGAAGACAGAACAUAUAUGAACUGCCUAUACGGGCAUCAGAAUGAAAUCUUGACAAUGGAUGCACUUAGUAAAGAUAGACUUCUGACUGUAGCACGGGACCGUACAAUGCAUCUUUGGAAGAUUCCAGAAGAGUCGCAGUUAGUGUUCCGUGCUCCUGCUGCUGCAUCUUUGGAGUGCUGCUGCUUUAUUGAUGACAAGGAAUUUUUGUCUGGAUCUGAUGAUGGAAGCAUUGAGCUUUGGAGUAUAAUGAGGAAAAAGCCUACUCACAUAAUAAGGAAUGCUCAUCCAAUAUCGUGUACUAAUCUUAAUUCAAUUGGCAAUGAUGAUCAGGAGUUACCUAAUGAAAAUGGAAUACAUAAUUCUGAAAAUGUGUCAUCAGCCCAGUCAUGGGUCAGCGCUGUUGCUGCAAGAAAAGGUUCUGAUCUUGCUGCAUCAGGGGCAGGAAAUGGUUUAGUUCGUCUCUGGGCUAUUGAACCUGAUUCUAAGGGAAUUCGAUCAUUGUUCAAUUUGCAACUGGAUGGAUUUGUCAAUUCUCUUGCCAUAGCGAAAUCUGGACGUUUUAUUGUUGCUGGUGUUGGCCAGGAGCCUCGCCUUGGAAGAUGGGGACGUGUUCAAUCGGCUCAAAAUGGAGUUGCAAUCCAUGCUAUCCGACUAAAAGAGGAGAAAGAUGACUUGUAGAGUAGAUUGGAUGUCGACAGACCCCUUUAUGUUGUAGAAGAUCACACAAGCGUAACAGUUCAACAUCCAUCCAGUGUGCGCUUUGGCAGCCACACCUGCAAAAUAAAUUUAAUCCAAAAGGCUGAAUGAAUACCAGGAAGCAACGCUAAUUCGGUGGGUGUUAUAGAUGAUUGGAGCUCUAGAUAUGUAUGUAAAUUGGUGAAGAUCCUACUGGAUCUCCUUAUGCGUAGAAUUUGAGGCAAUUUUGUAACUCUACUGCCUUAUGAAGAUACAUAAAUUGAUUUAUCAAACAAGUAGGGUUUAACCAAA